UAUCUCAGGCAGAAAGCUAGCUCAUUCUUGACUCCUCACCCCUGUUACAGGAAGAACUGGCUUCUUGGAAGAAGAGUCUGAUCAGAAAUUCUAUUGUCACCCAAGUUGACUAUUGCCAUGAAAACUUCUGGGAAGCAAAGGAGAAGAAAGGAUGAGGCUUCACUAAAGAGCAAUACUACUAUAGGCAUUAGUUCCACCAGAGGAAAAAAUGAGACUAGUUUGGUUGGAAAAGAUGAGCACCUUUUGUCUUCUAGAACAACAAAUGAUGUGCUUGAGCAUGGCCAUGGACAGACACAACAACCUUCUGUGAAGAUCAAGCUCCAACUUUUCCCUAUAGAUGAACAAACACGCUUAGGACUGGAAAAGGAUGGCCAUAAUCCGCACUUGGAGCUUUCUUUAAAAGCUCAGAAAAGGAUACACUCAGUGGUAAAGCAUCUCAAUAAGAAGUGGGGAAGUUCAAGCAUAGCAAUGGGGGAGCUCAUGCUAUUCCCGUACAGCAUUCAGAUGGAAAAUCUAUCUGUGUACAAAAGAUGGACUUUGAAGGACAUUGAUACUAGUGCGGAAGAUGUAUAUGCAGUAAUUGGCAGGCCUUCCAUUUUCCGCUUGAGGUAUGGCUGGUUCUCUAAUUUCGAGCCUAAAAAGCUUCAGUUACCUCUCACCUCCAGCGGCUUUGAGGAAGGAUUACAAUCUGAAGACAAACAAAAUGAUUUUAGUAAGAAAGUGGAGAUCAUGGAAAGAGAAAAGCAAAGAUUUGAGGAUGAAACAAGAACAAACAAAGGAGUCACAUUAUCAUCAGUUGCAUGUCCUGAUAGUCUCACAAACAUUAGCAUCGGAGGUCUGCUGUCAGAAGCUUCCCUGCAGGGUAACACCAGUUGUGAUCCAGUUAUUGGGAAUGAUUUGUGCUUGCAGCAAGUUCCAUUCACCUGUGAUUCAUUUGAUGCUGCUAUUUCAAAUCUUAUACAUGGUCGUGCUCAAGGCCCAAAACUAUCCUCUAAUGGAUCUUUUUCAUCCAUCUUGGAUGCGGAAGAAACAUGCCAUGCAUUUCCAUUUCAAAAAAUGUUGUCGCUAGGUGAAAAUCUCCUCCCUGCUGCAAGAAGUGCUCCUUCUGGAUGUUGCAGUCAAGAUGCUAGUUCCAAGUCAUUCAAAAUCUCCAAUUCGGUUGAGGUGGAAAAUCAAACUGAACACACCCAGGAACAUGCUCCACAAGCACCAAAGGAUGACUUGCUACCUCAGACACCAGGAAUAAAUAAUGUUGAAAGCAGCCUUGGGCUGGCAGACAUCAAAUGGACUGAUUCUUUGGGGCCAUUAGACCUGGGUUUAUCAUCCUUGCGUCAGAUAAUGAGCGGGGACAGUAUUAGCCUCAGUGGAUUCUUUGGCAGCAGUCUAGAUGCAUUCCAUGGCUGCUCACUCUUUUCAAGAGAUGGAAAGGCUCCUGCAACUUGAAAAAAAGAAGCCUCGAAACCUGAUUUAUUAAAGAAUGAGCACAACAAUUGAACCUGUUUCAUGUAGUUUG